CAUUUCUCUCUGCCUAUUUCUCAGCGUGUGCUUUGCCUACAGCGCGACAGAGUCAGACUCCUCUCACUGACAGUCAAAGACAUCAUUUGCACUUAGUGAAUUCAGAGAGGGACCUUCCAAACCAAACUUCACCGAAAACUUUUUGUUCUCCCUGAAGAGAAAAGAGGAAGCAGAAAGAGGAAAAAUCCAACUGGGUGAAGAAGUAAUUGUGGGGGAAGAAAAGCCUUGCCUUUUUAAAAAGGAAUCACAACAACUUUUGCUACAAGGAUGCCUUUGCUUCUGACUAGAGGAUUGGUGGUGUUAUUUUGCUGGAUUAUAGCACAGACUUCCCCAGCCUCCGGAUCGGAGGGGCACAGUUUAGUUUCUGAUUGCCCAUCCUGUGCCCUUGGCACUCUCUCCAAGAAUGUGCCCAGUUCCCAGCCUGAGAUGGUGGAAGCUGUAAAGAAGCAUAUCCUGAACAUGUUGCACUUGAGAGACAGACCUAACAUCACUCAGUCAGUGCCCAAAGCUGCACUUUUAAAUGCUAUCAAGAAACUCCACGUCGGAAAAGUGAGAGAGGAUGGCAAUGUGGAAAUAGAGAAUGACAUUGGAAGAAGAACAGAAAAGAAUGAGUUGAUGGAGCAAACAUCUGAGAUCAUAACGUUUGCAGAAUCAGGUUCUGCCAGAAAAAUGCUGCAUUUUGAAAUUUCUAAAGAAGGCAGUGAAUUGUCAGUGGUGGCUCAAGCUGAUGUAUGGCUUUUCCUCAAAGUAUCUAAAGGUAAUCGUACCAGAACAAAAGUGACCAUUCGACUAUAUCAGCAGCAGAAAUUGCCUAAACGCAGCUCUCAACUUGUGGAAGAAGAAAGUGGACGGAAGGGAGGAAAAAGUGAAAUUCUUAUUUCUGAAAAGGCAGUUGAUACCCGUAAAAGUACCUGGCACAUUUUCCCAGUUUCCAAAAGUGUUCAGGGUCUCUUGGAUCAGGGAAAAAAUUCCCUGGAUGUGCGGGUUACUUGUGACCAGUGUCAAGAAACAGGAGCCAGCUUGGUGUUGAUGGGAAAGAAGAAAAAAAAGGGAGAAGCUGUGGAAGGUAAUGAAAGCACAGGAGAAGAAGAGAAAGAGCAAUCACAUAGGCCUUUCCUAAUGAUGCUGGCCAGGAAUUCAGAAGAUCGGCACCACAGGCGGCGAAGGCGAGGCCUUGAGUGUGAUGGAAAAGUCAACAUUUGCUGCAAGAAGCACUUCUUUGUUAGUUUCAAAGACAUUGGUUGGAAUGACUGGAUCAUUGCCCCACAAGGCUACCAUGCCAAUUACUGUGAAGGUGAUUGUCCUAGUCAUAUUGCAGGCACAUCUAGCUCCACUCUCUCUUUCCACUCCACUGUUAUCAACCAUUACCGCAUGAGAGGCCACAGUCCUUUCUCCAGCCUCAAGUCAUGCUGUGUUCCUACCAAACUACGACCAAUGUCUAUGCUCUAUUAUGAUGAUGGGCAAAAUAUAAUUAAAAAGGACAUCCAGAAUAUGAUUGUAGAAGAAUGUGGGUGCUCAUAGGCUGUGUGCAUUUUGCAUAUCAGCACUUUGGGACAAUCUUUUUAACAAUUUCAAGACAAUAAUUUGAAAUAAAAUGUAACAGGAAAGACCAAAUAUUCAACAAAACAAUUACAUUUUCAACUUAAUAGCAUCUAGUAUUCAAAUUAGAGACAAACAGAAGAAAGAAGAAUGGCAUUGUUUCUAGGGCAUCAAGGCAAUGCAAUCUUUAUAUUCUCUAUAUUUUAUUGCAUGGUAUUCCACACUUAGCAACAAGGGGAGAUAUCUUUCCCUACCCAAUGUUACCUAUGCAUUCAAGCCUUGAUAACAGCAUAACUAAAAUAAAGUAAUUUGACUCUUAAAUCCAAAAUGUUAUUAAAAUUUUAUAAAAGCCAUGUGUAUGAACACUACAUUCACUGGCACUUUUAUUCCCAAGAAUUUACCAACAACACAAUGAGUGUGCAUAUAGGUGAUUGUAGAGGUUUCUUAUGGCAAACACAUACAAAAAGCACACACACACGUGUGUGUGUGUGUGUAUGUGUAUAUGUAUAUAUAUCUAUAUAUACACACAUACAUAUAUACACACACACAAACACAUAUAUGUAUUUGUGUGUGUUUGUGUAUGUGUGUGUAUAUAUAUGUGUGUGUGUGUGUAUAUGCGUGUGUG